AUGAACGAUCCUCACCACACACAUGGCGGCCACUAUGCUCCCGCCCAGUGGGAUCGCACCUCCCAGCCACAGGCCUAUCCACAACACUAUCCCACUCCAGCAUAUGGUGCACCUGCGCACCAGUCGGCGCCACAGGCAGCCCAGCAACAACAAUACGCCUACGGGCAUCCAUUAUCGUCCGUGCAGGCCGUAUCCUCUCAUCAAUCCUACACUGUACCAUCAGCGCGCGCCCCGACAUACCCGUCCUCCUCGCCCGUGCAAGGCUACGCCGUGCCUGGCCAGCAUUCGGGGUAUCCGCCAUCCACCGGAGCGGAUUCCGUCGCCAACAGCGCCAGGCACCAGAGUUCGCACAGUCGAUCGUACUCUGUCCCGCAACCAGCCUUCGCGUCGACCUACGCAUAUGAUGAUCGCGCACCGACCCACCAAGCUGAUAUGGCGAUGUCGGUGUCUGAUCAGCAGUUUCCCGCCUCACCGCAGCGUCCCUUCGCGUGCGAUAUGUGCCCGUUGUCGUUCAGCCGCCAACACGACUUGAAGCGGCAUCGGGAGACACACUCCGGGGAGAAGCCGUUUCUGUGCAACGGUGGCUGUGGCAAGACAUUCACGAGGAAGGACGCGUUGAAACGACACCAGCUUGUCAAACGCUGCGGCACAGACUCAGUCAAUUAA